AUCAGCAUAGAGAUCAGUACGUUCGAGUUGAGCGUAGGACGCCGAAAAAAAAGUGAACUAUCGUCAAUUGUCGCCUGGCGGGAACGUUGCAAGCGUGUACAAGCGUGUACGGGACAGGAACGUAGAGAAGAGUUUCACACCAUAGAAUUUGGAAACCGACUUGAACAUGAUGAAAAUCUACAUCUACAUCUACAUCUACAUCUAUAUCGUUGCAAUGAACAAAUUUUGACGCUGACUGCGUUUUUCGCUUCUUAUUUAAAUACGGUUAUCGUCACGACAAUUCGAAAGAUGAACGAUACUGUAACCAGUCGAAAGAAGAAAGCGAUGGAGAAGCUCGAUAAUGAGGCUAAACGUUCCAAGUGUACUGAAAAUAACAACACUGUAGAGUAUACAGCUGGAAAGGUGAAAUGCAUUCGUGUCCGUAACUUCAUGUGUCAUGAAGCUUUGGAGAUAGUGCUAAAUGAAAACGUUAACUUUAUUGUGGGACGCAAUGGCAGUGGAAAAAGCGCUAUACUGACAGCGUUAACUGUUGGACUUGGUGCAAGAGCAAAUGUCACAAGUAGAGGAACUUCUGUCAAAGAAUUUAUAAAGAAAGGAAAGAACUCAGCUACUAUCGAAAUAACGUUAAUUAAUAAAGGGGAUACUGCAUUUAAACAUGAUAUUUAUGGUGAUACAAUAACAGUUGUACGGACCAUUGGAAAUGCCUCAUCAUAUAAAAUUAAAAAUUGGAGAGGAGAUGUUAUUUCUACAAAACGGGAUGAAUUGGAUAGUAUUAUAGAAACAAUGAACAUACAAAUUGAUAAUCCAAUUUCUGUUCUAAAUCAGGAUGUUUCAAGAACAUUUCUAGUUUCUUCUAAAGCUGAUGAAAAAUACAAUCUAUUUAUGAAAGCUACUCUUUUGGAGUCCAUCAACAAUAAUUACAAAGAAGCUUUAGAAAUCUGCGAAGGAGAAUAUGACAAAUUAAAGAUACAUUCUGAAGCCUUAUUACAAGUAAAAGCAGAGAUAGAAAAAUUAAAGGAAAAUAUACAUAGAUUAGAGGAAAUAGACGAAUCACGAGCAGAACUAAAUAAUCUUGAAAUGGAACUUGAGUGGGCUAAGGCUAUUGUGGAGGAAUCUAAACGUAAUAAAAUACAAGAAACUUUAAAAAUGUCUGAAAACAACCUGCAGAAAUUGCAAAAUGUGGAAUUAUCUGUGGGAACAAAAGAUGAAGAAAUUGAUGCAAAAAUCAAAGAAGUGAAACAGGAAAUUCAGAAAGCAGAGCAGGAAGUAAUAGAAAGCAGUGGAGCAUAUAAUAGUGCAAAGGAAAAAUAUUCUGCCGCGUGUGAAGCAGCGUCUAAUAAACAGCGUGAAUGGCAUUCUGUAACAAGUAGAAAAAAACGGUUAGAAGAUGAUAUUAAUUUAUUGAAAAAGGAAGUUCAAAAGUUAGAAAGUUGCAACAAUGAAGAACAUAAUAAGAGAAAAGAAAUGAUGGAACGUCUAUCAAAGUUUGAAGAGAAACAGGAUGAAUUGGAAGCUUCAUUACGUACGAAGCAAACUGAAUUGAUGCACUUAGAAGCUGAUAAGAUGCGACUUUUGCAAGAAAUAAAAUCUGCUAAAAAUGAAAUAGAAAAUUUCAAUAGACACAUAGAUAAAAUAAAAAGAGAUUUAAGUGCAUUUGAACAACAAUCAGAUAAUGCAUUGAGUGUGUUUGGACCAAAUAUACCACGUUUGUUAAGAAGAAUUGAGGAAGAAUACAGAAAAAAACGAUUCAAGGAGAAACCAUGUGGUCCUAUUGGUGCUUACAUAAAAGUGAAGGAUGCAUCUUGGACACCAGCAAUAGAAAAUUAUUUAAGUUCUCGUAUGCUUAGCUCGUUUUGUGUUGAUAACAAUCAGGAUGCCAAGUUAUUAAAUAGCAUCAUGAAGGAAAUUUUUUACAAUCAAAAUAUUCCUCAAAUUAUAUGCAGCAAAUUUUUUAACAAAGUGCAUGAUGUUAGACUACACUGUACACAAUCGUCACAGUAUUCUAAUCUCUUUGAAGCAAUGGUUAUAGAAGAUCCUAUUGUAACUAAUUGUUUGAUUGAUCAAUCUCAGAUUGAAUGUGUACUUCUCAUACCGACAAGCAGCGAGGCUUGCGAAAUAAUGUCGGAUGCUACAAAAGUGCCAAAAAAUUGCAAAAGAGCUUUUACUAAACGAGGUGACUUAUUCUAUCCCGAUCCAAAUUAUAGGACUUAUGGUGGAAAGUGUGGUACACGCGCUAAGUUUUUGCAAGUUUCUACUAUGGAAGCGAUGCAAACUUUAAGAGAAGAACUUCAAGUAUGGGAAAACAAAAAGGAAAAAGCUCUUGCAGAACAUAAUGCUAUAAAUGAAAAAAUAAAGCGCACUAAUUCCGAGUUGAGCAACGUAAGCACAACAGUCCGCAAGCUGAGAACUACGCAAAGUGAAUGUAUUGAUUUGAUCAAUGAAUUGAAAGAUAAAAUUGACUCAAACGAAGCUACAUCUGCUGAUGUUUUUCGAAAUGAAGCUGCUGAAUUGGAGAAAAAGUUAGCAUUUGAAAAUGCCACAGAAAAGCUUUUAGCUGAAAAUAUGCAGGACCUUAAAAAAAAUGUAGAAUCUCUUCAUAUAGAAGUCAAACGUUUUAGGGACUUGAGACACAAUUUACACACAGUGAUUGAUCCUCUCAAUGAUCAAAUAAAGGAGCUCAUGCAGGAAAAGGAAAAAUAUCGGCUUGAGUGUCUACGCGCUACUCGAAAGUUACCAGAACUUCGUCAAGCUGUACAAUGCGCAACGGGAGAAUUAGAGAUACAAGAAAGAGCUACAAAUAAAGCAAUUUCCAAUGCCAUUGCAAAAUGUCCCAGAAUAAAUACGACAAGAUCGGUAAACCAAAUCAAAAGUGCAAUGUGUGAUUUACGAGAUAAGAUUCGCGAAGUAGAGCAUCAAUUUGGCUGUAUGGAUGACUUGCGCCAGCAAUUGAACGAAAAUGAGCAAAAAUAUGGAGUAAAUAUUGAAUUUGCAUCUCAAUUAAAAGAAAGUUGGGAAAAACACACAGAUCGAGUGAAACAUCGACAAAAUACAUUUAUGAAGUUGAGGGAUUUGUACAGUAUUCUUGUGCAAAAAUCUUUCACUGACAUGCUUUCUCUAAGACAAUAUAAGGGCACAAUAAUAAUUGAUCAUGUAAACAAAGUGCUUGAUUUGAAAGUGUGUGCGCGAGAUGAUAAAAAAACAAAUACUGACACUAGAUCGCUCUCGGGAGGUGAACGAUCUUACUCUACCGUUGCAUUCAUUUUGGCCUUAUGGGAUUGCAUUCAGCUACCAUUCUAUUUUCUUGAUGAAUUCGAUGUAUUCAUGGACAAAGUAAAUCGGCGAGUGAUAAUGGACAUUCUUUUAGAUCACACAAAAUCGCAUCCAGAAAGUCAAUUUGUUUUUCUCACACCUCUAGAUACGUCGCACAUUAUUUCCGACGAUUAUGUAACAAUUCACGAAUUACAACCACCUGAGAGGAGAGGUCUGAGUCAAUAAAUAUUUCAAUAUUACUCUUUUUUUUUCUCGGUGAUUCAAUAUUUUUUUGUCGAUUGUAUGAAACAAGGAAAUGUAUUUAUUUUAUAUAUUAACACAGAUACGAAAUGUUAUCUAGCAAUAAGCAAAAAUAACAUAUUUUCAUAAUAAGAUGUUUUCAUAUUGUUGAAAAAAAUUCAAAAAUAUUUAUAUUCAAUAUGAUUUUCUGUUACUUUUAUAAAAGCGCCACUUUUAUGAAAGUAACGGAAAAUUAUACAAAUUGUUAUAUAAAGCAUGUACAAGGAAUCCUAUCUAAAAAAUUAAUAUGAUAUUCGCGACAUUUUUUUUUUUUUUUUUUUUUUUUCUUAAUUUCAUU